AUGCAAACAGAAAGAGCGACACAGCUGCGACGCGCCGACCGAGGCAGGCAGGCACGACGGCGAGCGAGGAAGGCGCGGAGGGGCUGGGGACGAGGCGCCGCUGCCAUGCCAGUCGACGACGACGACGACGCCCACCACCAUGACGACUACCAUCCCAUCACCGCCAUCGCCGCCAUCACCGCCAUCACCACCGCCCACCAUUACAACACCAAAUCACACAUCACCUCCACCUCCUCCACCAUCACAACGGCGCCGGCGCCGGCAGCGAGCACAGCACAGGACACGGCGCCAGGGUCAGCCAACAGUCGGUGCCUGGCGGAGGCGGAGGAGGCUGUCGCAGCGGGGCUUUUCUGGCCAUGA